AUGCCACUGUAUGGGCGGCCAUUCCGUGGAAGCCACAGAGAGAGAUUAGAAAGAUUGCAAAGAUAUGCCACGCUUAUCAGUCUCCACAACAGCACAUUUUUCGCCCAAACUUUACAAUCUGAACAACCUACAAUAAUAGAUUUGCUUAACGAUGAUAUUGCCUUCACCGACCAGGAAGAAUCAGAUGAUAGUAGUACUCCAAAUUCGAAUGUUCAAUAUCCGAAUAAGCAGUUACAACAGCAAACUCAGUUAACUUAUGGCUCAUCCUGUGGGCUUUAUAACCCGGGACAAAACAUUUGUUUCAUGAAUGCAGUAAUACAAACACUUAUCAAUUUACCUUACAUAACUCCUUGUCUACUAAGCGGUUUGCACAAAGCUAGUUGCAAACUACGUUCUAAAUCCCUAUUUUGUUCUCUCUGCUUACUAGAAUCUCUAGCUCAAAAGGCACAUAGUAUCAAAGGAGCGGUUAAUAACCCAUUUUUUAGUAUCACUAAAAAGGCCAUAUGGAGCAGAUAUGUCCCUGGCAAACAGCAGGAUUCACAUGAGUUUUUAAGGUAUUUGGUUGAGAGCUUCUCCACGCCCAUGGGAGCUAAAUCUGCCCCUGAUAGCUAUAAAAGAAAUCUAAUCGGUCAGGCAUUUCAUGGAACUCUCAAAACUACAGUAAAGUGCCUCCAAUGUAAAUAUACCUCUGAAAAAUUAGAGAACUUUUUGGAUAUAGCACUAGACAUUACUAAGGAAUCACUGGAAAAUUGCAUUGCUGAGUUUAUUCAACCGCAGCAGUUGACCGGUAGCAACAAAUAUCAUUGUCCAAAAUGUAAAAAUAAGAGAGAUGCCACUAUAUCGCUUAAUUUUGGAAAACUUCCAGUGGUACUCUGUAUUGCACUAAAGAGGUUCAACUCCGGUAUUUUUGGUUUGGAGAAGACCUUUAGAUCGUUAAAAUAUCCCCAACACAUGGAUUUAAAUGGUAUAAAUUAUGAAUUAUCAGCGCUUGUAUGCCAUUUGGGCCAUAGCCUAUAUUCUGGACAUUAUGUUGCGUAUGCUAGGGCUGGCCAUGGGUUUUGGAAUAAAUUUGAUGAUAGCCAUGUAAGCCUAUCAGAGAAACAUCAAGUACUAGAGCAGGCAAAAUCUGCGUAUCUAUUAUUUUAUGUUCAACAGAAUGUCACAAACUAUGAGCAACUACUCAUCAAUAGUGUUGAUAAACUUUCUAGUGUCUCUAAAAGGAAAAAUGAAACCAAAACUGCUUCCGAUCGCAACAAAAAAGGUGAUAGUGUGCAUAUUAUUGGUAUCAAAAAUAGUAGUGACAAAAAUAGUGACAUAUUCAAUCCAUUCAUGCGGAUGGAGAAGAGCAAAGAUUUAACAUCGCAAUACGGAAUUCACGAGGUCUCCACAUGGGACGGUGUGGAAUGUGAUACCGAGGCUAUUCGGAGACAUAGCGAAAAUUCAAUGCCAAAGAUUGCCAAAAGGGACCAAAUGGAUAUAGAAUAUGAUAUGGGCAAACUAAAGAAGGUUAGAAACAAACACAUCUUCAAGGGGGUUACUGAAAUCAUCGGCGAUAGCAAGACUAAGCAACUAGUUAUUAACGGUAGGGUGGAUUUUGACAAGAUCAACAAUAAACAUAACACUAAACGUAAUAAUAAGCAUGGUAAAGUGACUAACAAUGACAAUAGUAAAGGAGUUACUGAAGACUAUGAAGAGAAAAGGUGGACUGGCAAGGGUGGUAGGGGCAAGAAAUGGAGAUUUCACAGAAAGAAAUGA